AUGCCUCCACCACCUCCGCCGCCACCUCCACCUCCACCGCCGCCACCAGUUUCUUCUGCGGCACCACCACCUGCUAGUUCGGCUCGUAAUGCUCUACUUGGCGAUAUUCAGAAAGGGAUGAAACUGAAAAAGACCGUCACCAACGAUCGUUCUGCACCUUCAGUAGGAAAAGUAGUUGGAAGUGGAGGAGCUGCCGGUUCAUCAAACGGAACUUCUGGAAAUGGGAAUGGGCCAGCUGUGAAGCCACCUCCAGUAUCAGGAGGCUUGGGAGGUCUUUUCGCAAACGGAUUGCCUUCAAAACCAAGUGAAAAUAAAAUCAGACGAGCUACAACAAAUAUAGGCAAGAAACCAUCUAUAGUCUCGUCUUCCUCUUUUUCACACUCGUCUGCUCCUCCUCCUCCACCCCCACCACCUAUUUCUGUUCCUAGCUCAAAACCAACACCGCCACCACCGCCUCCAGCCCAACAGAAACCAUCGAGUGAUCGUGAACAGUUCCGAACGAUGAGACCUAUUCGACCUGUAAACGAUGCGAAACCAACAAUGAUUAGAAGGAGUGGAAGUUCAGAGGACAUUCAACAAACUGCGAUGACAAACAGAAUGGCUCGGCCGUCAGCUCCUCCACCGGCUCGUCCCGCUGCUCCGCCGCCACCAGUUCCAACUUCAACGCCUUCAAUUGCACAGUUUUCAAUGAGACAACAGUCGCCUGCAGUUUCGAGAUCGAACGAAGACGCUCCACCUCCGCCUCCUCGAAUCGCUUCAAAAACAUCGACGACUCCUGCUUCUUCACGAGCUCCGUUACCACCAUCUUCAUCUUCCGUACCCUCUAUGACUCCAGCACCUGCACCACCUCCACCGCUCCCACAAGCGAGUUCUCCGUAUCCUGGAAUGAUGUCUACGGCAACAGUUUCUGCGAAUGUGCCUUUCCACCCACUUAACAGGUAA